AUGAGCUUGCAACGUAAAAAGAAACCAGUUGAAUUUCAUUUUGUAGACAUGAAUGAUCCAGAUCGAUACAAAAAACUCAAGGUUGCUCGUGCCUGUGAUUUUUGCCGCCGUCGUAAAUCAAAGUGCGAUAUCGGUAUCCCUGGUUCCGGUACUUGCUCCAAUUGCCACAAGCACCAAAUGGUUUGCAUCUUCUCGCCUGUGACUUCCCGGGGAUCUGAUGCUUCAAGUACAAGACCUGAAGAUGCUCUUCUGACACCUCAAUACCAGCCUCAGCAUCUACAAUAUCAGCAGCAGCAACCUCAGCAGCAUCAACAGCAGCCAAAUGCAGUGGAGCAAUAUGCAUUGAAAUACCCAUUGCUGUGUAUCAAGGACGGGCAGGUUGGAUAUGAAGUAGAUCAGCUCAUCACUUUUAUCGAUGAACAUGCAGUCGAUCAACCAAUCAACUCGUUGGACAUUAAUAAUUUUCAGGAACCAUCAUUGCAAUUGGAAUCAAAGCUCUUUAGCAUCUAUUUUCAGCAGGUGCAUCCAGCUUUCCCUGUGCUGUUGAAGCAAUCAGUGCUCAACAUUCAUUCACAAGAUCGACUGCUGUUGUCAAAGACAUUGCGCUAUGCUAUCAUGACAAUUGCAUGCCACUUCUACCCGAAAACAGCAUCCACACCCUACGACUAUCCGCACAACCAAGAUGUCUCUUCCAACAACACAGCUGCAGCCAACUACUUUUACGAUAUCGCAAGAAAAGAGCUGGAUACCGCCACAUUUACCAAGAAAUUAGAUGUCGUUCAGUCAUUGCUUUUGCUGUACAAACACACCGAGAUCAUGUACAAAGACGGCACGCGGUAUUUAGAACAAGCACAAGACCUUGUCAGCCAAAUCUCCUCCAUCAUGCCACAGCAACAAGAAAUGAUCAAUCGCACUCGUUGGAUACUGUUUGGCAUCAUUGGCUUAUCCAAUCUAUCUGACGUAAGGUACAGCACCAUGUAUAAAAGAAUCGAUUUGCCUGAUGAACUACCUCAAGCUUUGCAAGAAGAGAUCAAAGAUGACAACUCGGCUCAACAGCAUGUGAAUCGGUUUGCUCAAAUUGCCAACUUGAGUGUGCUGUAUUCACACACAGUUCAAAGUCUAAUUACAUGCUCCACACCGCAUUUGAUAUGCCUGACUCAGUUCAAAGAGAUUAGACAGCAUUGGCAUGAUUCAGUAACUCAGAGCCGAUUGCUCACCAACCAAGAUCAAGAGCAGGACAUUGAUAUCAUGAUACUGUACAGCGCUAUUUUAUACGAUAUGCUCUACUUGCUGCUGGUACUGCACUAUCGUCUCAUUGAAACUGAAUGGGAGUCGAUAGAAACGGCAUAUAGAUUGCAACGCAUGGUACAUAACCUGGUAACACGUGCCUCGUUUUUGAGCACUGUGCAGUGUAGAAGAAUGGCGUCCUUUGCAUUGAUGUUGUCGUUACAGCUGCAGGUAUCAAGAGACAAGAUAGAUGUUGAUUUUAUUCAACAAGUGCGCCAAACAUUGCAGUGUAUGAAGAUUGAUGCAAGAAUCGACAACGCGUUGCAAGAGUUGAUAUCCAAUCAAGUCAAUGUUCAAGCACCAGCACCACCACCACCACCUAUGGAUUAUUUCAGCUUGAUACCUCAGCCCAUCAUGCAUUCAACCAGCUCAUCUCCUUUGGAUUUCCCCUCAUCCUCAACGCCUGGCUUAUGGGAUAUUCUAUCAACUACAACCAAUGGUGGCCUGAGCACUCCGAUCAGAGAAGAAGACAGCAACCAAACAUCUGACUGGAUACUCGAUCAGCAAAGACGACAGCAGCAGCAAUUGCAAAUGUACGAAUUGCAGCAGCACAUGUCCUACUUUACACCCGUUUUACCAGGCACCAACAACACCGGUAGUUCCAAUCAGGCCGCCACGACCACGACUGCGGCCACGACUGCAACUGGAGCUACUACAAACACAGAUUAUUCCUACUUGAUACCAGACAUUUGGAGCCCAACGACUAUAGAGAACCUCAAUCAAAUGAAAAUAUAG